CUUAAAUCUAAGUGUGAAAGAGAAAUAAAUGAUUAUUAUUAUUUAAACUUAAUCGCAGUGAUAACCGAAGUUCAAGGUUUUAAUUUUAACUUCUUAUUUACACUACUUUUGUUGUCAUAACAACUAAUAGCUAUCCAGAAAUAUAAAAAUAUCACUGUGGAUAAGGUUCAUUUACUUUGCACAACACGGUAACUUAAUUUUUUCAAGUAUUUUGUAAAAAGUAAAUUCGUCUUCAGAGAUCAAACAUCACUGGUAAAAAGCCUGACAAGAAGCCCGCCCUAAUAUUUUCCUUUAACUGUUAAUAAAAAUUACUUUGUCCGCAGUGAUUCUGAAAGAAGACCCAACCAUAAUUGGUUUGCCAUCAAUGGUACAACCAGGAGAAGAUAUUUUGCUCAAUUGCACAACUGGUCCAGCUAUGCCACCGGCUAAUAUAGUAUGGUACAUCGAUGGGAAAGCAGAGAGAAUGGAGCCAUGGAUGGUGAACAAUACCCAAGUAUCGCCUCCUAAUGAAUUUAAUCUGCGAAGUAGCUGGAGGUCAUUGCGAUUACGAGUCAACACGCAGAGAGCAGCUGUGUCAGUUCGUUGUGAAGCCACACAGCCAACGUGGCCUCCUUUUGUUAGAUCAACGAACGCCAGUCUGGUGGUAGCUCGUACACCACAUCUCUCCAUGUUCACUGCUUCUGGUUCGCUUUCAACCGCAUAUGAGGUAUCCGUUGCGGUGUUAGCCUCGUGCUUGUCAUCAGUACAUAUAUUUUCUAAAUACAGUGCCUUGAGUGAAGUCUAGUCAUCUCGAAAAUAAGUGAAGUCAGUGUAAGAACGUAUUUUGUGCAUAGUUAGGUAAAAAAUGUCACAUGUCGUGUUCACACACCGAGUUGGUUAAUAUGUUUUUAUCUUUGUCACUAUGCAUUAAGUUAUACUCUAUAAAUUCUUGCUGUUGUAAAAAGAUUGCUUUAAAAUGAAAUUCUCUGUAGAUGACAAAUGAAACUAUCCUCGUUUUGCAAAACUCUUAAAUUUUCCGAUGAUAAUAAAUCAUUUACUUGGUUGAAAUUAAGAAAUGGAUA